UAAUUCGCCUUUCUGUCAGUCCAGCACUCCUGCUUGUGGAGGGGUCAGAAAAAAAAAAACGAGGGACCAACACAAGUCCUAGUACCACACUUUCAAAACCCAAAAGAAAGAAGCAACACAACAACAAUCACAGGAGCACGGUUAGAGGCGGCUAGGAGCGAGGAUGGAGAACGCACACACGAAGUCGGCGGCGGAAUGCCUGGCCUACUUCGGGGUGAAUUUGGAAUCUGGUCUCACCCCAGACCAAGUCAAGAAGAACCUGGCCAAGUAUGGGCCCAAUGCACUGCCUGCUGAGGAAGGUAAGAGUACCUGGGAGCUGAUUGUGGAGCAGUUUGAGGAUCUGUUAGUCAGAAUUUUGCUGCUGGCUGCCUGCAUCUCAUUUGUGUUGGCUUGGUUUGAGGAAGGUGAGGAGACCGUUACUGCGUUUGUCGAGCCCUUCGUCAUCCUUCUCAUCCUUAUCGCUAAUGCAGUGGUUGGAGUGUGGCAGGAGCGUAAUGCUGAGUCCGCCAUUGAGGCUCUCAAGGAGUACGAGCCUGAGAUGGGAAAAGUGUUCCGUACUGACAGGAAGAGCGUACAGAAGAUCAAGGCCAUCGGCAUGGUCCCCGGAGAUAUCGUGGAGGUGUCCGUCGGUGACAAAGUCCCUGCUGACAUCAGAAUUGUUGCCAUCCGUUCCACCACCCUUCGCAUCGACCAGUCCAUCCUUACUGGUGAGUCAGUCAGCGUGAUCAAGCACACUGAUGCUGUCCCUGACCCCAGAGCCGUCAACCAGGACAAAAAGAACAUGCUUUUCUCUGGCACCAACGUUGCUGCCGGCAGGGCCAUUGGUGUGGUUGUCGCCACCGGUGUCGCAACUGAGAUUGGCAAGAUCCGUGACCAGAUGGCUGCUACUGAGCAAGAGAAGACGCCCCUGCAGGCUAAGCUGGACGAGUUUGGCGAGCAGCUGUCCAAGGUCAUCUCCCUGAUCUGUGUUGCCGUGUGGGCCAUCAACAUCGGCCACUUUAACGACCCCGUCCAUGGAGGUUCCUGGAUCCGCGGGGCCGUCUACUACUUUAAGAUCGCCAUUGCCCUGGCCGUGGCCGCCAUCCCCGAAGGUCUGCCCGCUGUCAUCACCACCUGUCUGGCUCUGGGUACCCGUCGUAUGGCAAAGAAAAACGCCAUCGUCCGCUCUCUGCCCUCUGUGGAGACCCUUGGUUGCACCUCUGUCAUCUGCUCUGAUAAGACUGGAACCCUGACCACCAACCAGAUGUGUGUGACCAAGAUGUUCAUCAUCAAGAACGUUGAUGGUGACAGUGUCAAUUUGGACAUGUUCGACAUCUCCGGCUCCAAGUAUACCCCUGAAGGAGAGGUCUCCCAGGGAGGUGCUAGGACCAACUGUGGAUCAUUUGACGGUCUUGUUGAGCUGGCAACCAUCGCAGCCCUAUGCAAUGAUUCCUCUUUGGACUACAAUGAGAGCAAGAAGAUCUAUGAGAAAGUGGGUGAAGCCACAGAGACCGCCAUGUGCUGCCUGGUUGAGAAGAUGAAUGUGUUCAACUCCAACGUUAACGGCCUGUCCAAGCCUGAUAGAGCCAACGCCUGUUGCUCUGUGAUCAAGCAGCUGAUGAAGAAGGAAUUCACCCUGGAGUUCUCCCGUGACAGGAAAUCCAUGUCUGUGUACUGCAGCCCCGCCAAAGGCGGUGGUGAUCCUAAGAUGUUUGUGAAGGGUGCCCCAGAGGGUGUGAUUGACAGAUGUACCUAUGUUCGCGUUGGCACCACCCGUGUUCCCCUGACUAGUGCUGUGAAGGACAAGAUUUUGGCUGUGAUCAAGGAGUGGGGUUGUGGCCGCGACACCCUGCGUUGCCUGGCCCUGGCCACUCGUGACACACCCCUGAGGGUUGAGGAAAUGAAGCUUGAGGAUUCCACCAAGUUCAUCGAAUACGAGAAUGACCUGACCUUCGUUGGCUGUGUUGGUAUGCUGGAUCCCCCACGUAAGGAGGUCACUCCGGCCAUUCUGCUGUGCAGAGCUGCCGGGAUCCGCGUCAUCAUGAUCACUGGUGACAACAAGGGAACUGCUGUGGCCAUCUGCCGUCGUAUUGGCAUCUUCACAGAGGACGAGGAUGUGACUGGAAAGGCCUUCACUGGACGCGAGUUUGAUGAUCUGCCCUCAUUUGAAAUGCAAAGCGAUGCUGUCAGAAACGCUAGCUGCUAUGCCCGUGUGGAGCCAUCCCACAAGUCCAAGAUUGUUGGUUUCCUGCAGGGACAAGACGAGAUUACCGCCAUGACUGGUGAUGGUGUGAACGAUGCCCCCGCCCUGAAGAAGGCCGAAAUCGGCAUCGCCAUGGGCUCUGGCACUGCCGUUGCCAAGUCAGCCUCUGAAAUGGUCCUGGCUGAUGACAACUUCUCAUCCAUCGUGUCCGCCGUAGAGGAGGGCCGUGCCAUCUACAACAACAUGAAGCAGUUCAUCCGCUACCUCAUCUCCUCCAACGUUGGAGAGGUUGUGUGUCUUCUCUGACUGCUGCCCUGGGUCUGCCAUGAGGCUCUUAUCCCUGUCCAGCUGCUGUGGGUCAACCUGGUGACUGAUGGUCUGCCCGCCACUGCCCUGGGCUUCAACCCCCCUGACCUGGACAUCAUGGGUCGCAAACCCCGCUCUGCCAAGGAGCCCCUGAUCUCCGGCUGGUUGUUCUUCAGAUAUAUGAUCAUUGGAGGAUACGUGGGUGCCGCCACAGUGGCAAGCCGCCGUUGGUGGUUCAUGUACGACACCACCGGCCCUGAGGUCAGCUUCUACCAGCUGUCCCACUUCAUGCAGUGCUGCGAUGAGAACGAAGAUUUCGUUGGCGUUUCAUGCAAGGUGUUUGAGGCCUCUCCACCCAUGACCAUGGCUCUGUCCGUGCUGGUCACCAUUGAGAUGUCCAACGCCCUCAACAGCUUGUCUGAGAACCAGUCUCUGCUGCGCAUGCCCCCAUGGAGUAACUUCUGGCUGGUUGGGGCCAUGGUUCUCUCCAUGUCCCUCCACUUCAUGAUCAUCUAUGUUGACCCCCUGCCCAUGGUCUUCAAGUUGACCCACUUGAAUGUGGAGCAGUGGUUGGUGGUCCUGAAACUCUCAUUCCCUGUCAUCCUGAUUGACGAGGUGUUGAAGUUCAUCGCCCGCAACUACCUGGAGAACUAAUCUUGCCCACCACCCAACUUGAGCCUGUAACAACAAUAAGGAAAAUAGAAAUCUAGAAGUGGAUUUGGAGGUUGAGAGCAAGAAGACAAAGAGGAAGAGAUUGAAAAAUAUCACAACCAACAAAAGAAGAGCUCUUGUGAGAGCCAACCAAUAGAAGGCAAAGGACAAAACACAGGAAAAUCUGCAAAAAACAAAACAAUAAAUCAACACAAAAAAUCCACA